GGAUACCCAUUCGGAGAACUCAUCAUCUCUUUCGGCUUCUUCCUGGUGUUUUUCAUUGAGAGCGUGGUACUGUCCUGCUGCCCUCGGGCCGUCCAUUCGCACGGCGACCCCGAAGCCCACGAUGACCCUAAGGGCAUGCCCGAGUCACACAGCUCCUUCCGGGCAUUCGUGCUCUUCCUCUCGCUCUCCUUCCACUCCAUCUUCGAAGGCCUGGCCAUCGGCGUGCAGAAGGAGGACACGGGUGCCAUUCAGCUCUGCCUGGCCGUGCUGAUCCACAAGGCCAUUGUGGCCUUCAGCCUGGCCCUGAAGCUGGUGCAGAGCGGCACCGAGCCCCGGUGGAGGCUUCUGUACCUGGUGGUCUUUGCCCUCAUGUCCCCAGUCGGGAUCGCUAUCGGCAUUGGGGUGUCCCUCUCCGACAGCGAUGGAAGCGGCCUGGCCCAGGCGGUGCUGGAAGGGGUGGCGGCCGGGACCUUCCUUUACGUCACUUUCCUGGAGAUCCUGCCCUACGAACUGCGCUCACACGAAAGCCCUCUCGUCAAGUUCUCCUUCAUUGGCUUUGGCUUCUUUAUCAUGGCCGUCAUUGCCAUCUGGGCAUGAAAAGACUUCCUGAGCUAGGGUUAUCGUCGUGGAAAUCCCAUCACUCUUUCUAGGACAAAAAAAAGGAGAAACUCCUUAAGAUAAGCCAAGAAGCAAAAAUUCAAGGGAAGAGAACACAGUGGAUCGAGAGACAA